AGACUAUCCAAAGACCUCACUCACUCACUCACCAACGCUCCCCCACAUCUUGCUCUGCCGCCGCCGGAGAAGACACACACACCUGCUCUGGCUCCUGCGGAUCUGCUUCUGCUGCGCGCGCGGUGGCGACGCGACAGAGGAGCUGUCGCAGCUGAGCUGUUGUGCGCGGAGGCGCCGCGCGGCCGGACGAGGAGCUCAAAUGCCGCUCCCGUAGCCGACGCGCCGGAGUAUGGCAGGUGGAGCUGAGCUUCUGCCAGAUCGAUCUUCUCCUCCGUCGCCGUCCGCGGCAAAGCUGCACCGGAGGUCUUCACUCACCAUGAUUGAGCAGGGGUGCUCUGUCUUGAGAUCUGAGUGAACAGUGCAUCCGUUCCGUCCAACUCAAAAGAAGCCUGUUUGUUUGUCUCAAUUCUUGAGCCAUAUGCGGAUGAGCACUGCUAUAGGGACGACAAGCUUCUGCCCGAUCAUCGCACGAUGGGUCUAAUCAUCCGUUAGAUUGCAUUAUUUUGCUAAUCACUGCCGUUCAAAUUAGGCAUCGUGCCUGAAUCGUCUGUGGAGCACUUGAAUUUCACCUCACUUGAGCCGGAGGCAACGCGCAUCUUCUCCGCCGUCGGGCAAGCUGCUGCUGCGUGCAUUGGGUACCCCCACGUCUUCACCAUGAUUCACUUGCUCUCUCGCCACAUCUGAAUGAACGUCCAUCUCAAAGCAACAGCCAGCAAGUGCAAUGGCGAUGGUGCUGGAUGCAUUCACAUCCUACGUGGGACACAUGCUCGCGCAGCUAGCAGCAGAUGGUGUGGGGACGGUGCUGGGCGUCUCCGGCGAGAUCGACAAGAUGGCCGACAAGCUCCGGGACCUCAAAAACUUCUUGGCUGAUGCUGACAGGAGGAACAUCACCGAUGAGACCGUUCAAGAGUGGGUGGGGCAGCUCAAGCGUGCCAUGUAUGAAGCUACCGACAUCCUCGACCUCUGUCAGCUCAAGGCCAUGGAGCGUGGAUCAUCUACUACUCUAGACGCAGGGUGUUUCAACCCCUUGCUCUUCUGCAUGCGCAAUCCCUCCCAUGCUCAUGAGAUCGGCACCCGCAUCAAAAAGCUCAACAAGAGGCUUGACUACAUCAAGGAGCGAAGUGCUGCUUUCAACUUCGUCAAUCUCGGGUCCUAUUUGGAUCAUAGCAGCAAUGUUCGCAUUUCUCAUCAUGGUAAUCCUAGCCGGGAGACGGUAGGGGACUUUGACCGGUCGGCUAUUGUUGGAGACAAGAUUGAAGAAGACACAAGAGCACUGGUGGCCCAAAUCAUGCAGACGGGAAAGGAUGUCAACAAUGGCAUCAUGGUGGUUGCUAUCGUAGGUGUUGGUGGGAUCGGCAAGACCACCCUCGCCCAGAAGGUCUUCAAUGACGAGGCAAUCCAACGCGGGUUCAGUAAAAAGAUAUGGUUGAGCGUCAACCAAAACUUCAAUGAGGUUGAGCUACUGAGAAGAGCCAUCAUCGGUGCCGGUGGAAACUCCCAGCUGGCCGGAAAUGCUAAGGACGCGCUUCACCGAGCCCUAAUGCAGGCCUUGAAGGACCAUAAGACAUUGCUUGUAAUGGAUGAUGUGUGGGACAAUGGAGCGUGGGAGGGUGUGCUCAAAAUACCCUUAGCCAAUGCUGCUGCUUCAGGCAGCCGUGUCCUCAUCACAACUAGAGAUGAACGUGUCGCCCAAGGGGUGACAGCUAUACGGCCCUACCACCACGUCGACACAUUAGUGCCCGAUGACGCCUGGUUAUUGCUCAAGAAGCAGGUAUGCUCAAGUGAGAUAGAUGAAGACCACAUCAGUACGCUAAAGGACAUCGGACUGAAAAUUGUACAAAAAUGUGGUUGUUUACCAAUUGCUGUUAAAGUGAUGGGAGGACUCUUGCGUGAAAGAGGGGGGCUACAUCGUGACUGGCAGCAGGUUUUGGAUGAUUCUAAAUGGGCAACAACUAAAAUGCCCAAUGAGCUCAACCACACAGUAUACUUAAGCUAUGAAUAUAUGCCUUCUUACCUGAAGCAGUGCUUUCUGUACUACUCUCUUCUUCCUAAAAGUAGAAUUUUUACUAAGGAUGAAGUUGUUGCAAUGUGGAUUAGUGAAGGGUUUAUUCAUGGAAAUUCUAAUGAUUUAGAAGAAUUGGGAGAAAAUUACUACAAGGAGUUGGUAUCUAGGAACCUGAUAGAGCCAGAUAAAUCAUAUGUUGAUCUAUGGGUUUGCAGCAUGCAUGAUGUUGUUCGCUCGUUUGCUCAGUAUAUGACUAAAGAUGAAGCACUCGUAACUCAAGAUGGAGACAAUGAUAUUCUUGCUAAACUUGGUUCACAAAAGUUUCUUCGGUUGUCCAUAGAAACUAACCGAUCACAAUCAGGUGAACUUGAUUGGAAAUCUCUACAGGGGCAGCAAUCAGUGAGAACAUUGAUCUCAACUGUCCAGAUUAAGAUGAAGCCUGGUGAUUCACUGGUUAUUUUUUCUAGUUUGCGGACUCUGCAUAUAGAAUCUGCAGAUGUGGCUUCAUUGGUUGAAUCGUUGCAUCAACUCAAGCACAUGAGGUAUCUUGCACUAGUAAAUGUUGAUAUAUCUGUUCUUCCAGGGAACAUUGGCAAGAUGAAACUGUUGCAAUUCCUUGACCUUGGUGGAUGUACAAAAUUGGUGAAUCUUCCUGAUAGCAUUGUGAAGCUUGACCAGCUGAGAUUACUUUCACUUCCCAUAGAAUGUAUGGUACCUAGAGGGUUUAGUGGUCUGACAAAUAUGAGGAGACUGUUGCAGUUUCGAGCCCACUUGGAUGGUGAUUGGUGCAGUUUGGACGAGUUGGGGCCUCUUUCCCAACUCAGAGUUCUUGUAUUAACUGAAUUAGAGAAUGUAUCUGCUGCCUCAUUUGCUGCUAAUGCUAGGCUCAGCGAGAAGAUGCAUCUUAUUAGUCUACUCCUGUAUUGCACCAGUAAACUGGGAGAUGAUGGGUUGGUCAAAGAGAAGGAAGGUGUCUCUGAGGAAGAGCAGCAACGAAUUGAGAAGGUUCUCGAUAAGCUCUGCCCUCCACCUGGUCUAGAAUAUCUUCAUAUCAAGGGGUAUUUUGGCCGGCAACUUCCGAGCUGGAUGAUGUCCACAUCAAUGGUGCCCCUCGACAACUUGAACACUUUAUUGAUUGAUGACCUGGCUUGUUGCACACAACUUCCCAAUGGGUUGUGCCAGCUGCCCAAUCUGCAGCUUCUACAGGUCCGUCGUGCUCCAUGCAUCAAACAUGUGGGGACUGGAUUCUUGCAGGUGGCAUCAGCUUCAUUUCCAAGGUUAAACAAAUUGAGCUUGGGCGGAAUGGUGGAAUGGGAGGAGUGGGAGUGGGAGGAGCAAGUACAAGCCAUGCGCCGUUUGGAGAAGCUUGUGCUCAAUAAUUGCAGACUGAGGCAUUUUCCUCCAGGCCUUGCCUCCAAUGCAAGCUCUUUGAAAAUAUUAAUUCUAGUACAUGUCAAGCACCUCAGCUACAUUGAGAGCUUCCCUUCUGUUGUUGAGCUUAUAGUGAAUGGAUGCCCUGACCUGGAGAGGAUCACCAAUCUCCCCAAUCUGCAGAAGCUUACCAUCAUGUACUGCCCAAAGUUGAAGGUGUUGGAGCGUAUCGCUUCACUCGAGAGGCUGGUCCUGAAGGAUUACACCAUGGAAAAACUCCCAGAAUACAUGAGAGACAUAAAGCCAAGGCAUUUGCAGUUAUUCUGUAGGCUAUGGCUGCUCUCUGCCGUAGUCGCGGGACAAUCUGGCACUGAGUGGGACAAGUUCAGUCAAGUGGAGCAUGUCAAGGCAUAUGCACGUGAUGGAGACAACGAAAGAAAAUGGUACGUUUUGUACACGAGAGGUGACAACUACAAGCUGGAUUCAAAUAUUAGCAGCUCUGCCAUAUUUGAAGAAACCUUAUCAUCUUGUAUGGUGGACCCACAAGGAUUUGAGUCUGUGUACAAAAUGAGAAGAAGCACCUUCAGUUACAUUUGCGGCUUGGUGAGGUUGCCAUUUUUGGAAGAUAUGAUGGCGAGGGAUCACACCUUUGUUGAUGGGAGAGUGAUGUCUUUACAAGAUCGAGUAGCCACUGCUGUGAGGAUGCUGAUCUCUGGUGAACCACCGGUGGUCGUAGGAUCCUCUCUUGGUGUCAACGAGUCCACUGUCUCGCUUGUAACUCAGAGGUUUAUUGAGGCUAUUCAGGAGCGAGCGUUCCGCCAUUUGGACUGGCCAUACAAUUUCCAAGCAAUGGAGAAGAUCAAGUGCAGGUUUGACAAGAUCCAUGGCUUGCCAAAUUGUUGCGGUGUUGUACAUAGAGCUUACUUUAAAUUUGGAUCACCAAACCUUGACCAUGAGGAGAACGCUGACACACUAAUGCAAGCCGUCGUUGAUCCAGAUAUGAGGUUCACAAAUAUUUGGUUUGGAGCAUCAAGUAGCAUGAACCAGUCAAGUCUUUUGCACGACUCUUGGCUCUUCAAGUCCUGCGAGAAAGGUACUUUGUUGGAUGGUACCAAGCUGAAGGUAUCAGAUGGCUCAGACAUUGGGGAAUACAUCAUUGGUGAUGCAGGAUACCCUCCUCGUCCAUGGCUCCUCACCCCUUACCAGUUGGAGGGUGAUAUCUCAGACUCGAAAGUGGAGUUCAACAAGAGACACUCUGCAGCUACAGCCAUGGCGCUGAGGGCACUGGAAAGGUUGAAAGACACGUGGAAGUGUCUACAGGGAGAAGGCUGGCAUCCGAAUAAUCAAAAUGAUUUGCGGUGCACAAUCAACACGUGCUGUAGGUUGCAUAACAUAGUGAUAGACAUGGAGGAGGAGGGUGCAGUCAUGCUGAGCAAUCAGGAGGAGAAUUGCAUCGAGCAAGUGAGCCAGUUAUUAGACGAGGAUGCUGUCAAGGUGAGGGAUGUACUGUCCCAGCACUUGGUCGAUUCUAGAGUCCACACAUUUGCUGCAGAGGAGGAACAAGAAGCACACCAACUACAAACAACAGAUCGAGGGAAAUUAUACACAAACAAAAAAUUGACAGCCCAAGAAAAUGAAACUUUAUCAUCUUCUAUGGUGGGCACGCAAGGAUUCGAGUCUUUGUACAAAAUGAGAAGAAGUACCUUUAGUUACAUCUGCAGCUUGGUGAAGGUGCCCCUUUCUGAAGAUAUGAUGAUAGGAGGACACACCUUUGUUGAUGGGCGAGCGAUGUCUUUCCAUGAUGGAGUAGCCAUUGCUCUCAGAAUGUUGAACUCCGGCGGGACACCCGAGGUUGUGGGAUCAUCAUUUGGUGUGGAUGGGUCAACGGUUUCGCUGUUAACUCAGAGGUUUGUUAAGGCUAUGAAAGGACGAGCAAUGCACCACAUCAGCUUUCCUGGCUCCGCUCAAGUGGAGAAGAUCAAGCGCAAGUUUGACAAGAUCCAUGGCCUCCCAAACUGCUGCAGUGUUGUACAUACAACUCACAUCAAAUUUGGAUCGCAAAACCAUGAGAAUGAGGAAAAUGAUGGCGUGCUAAUGCAAGCCAUGUUUGAGCCAGAUAUGAGGUUCACAUGCAUUUCAUUGGGAUCGCAACGAAACAUGAACCAGUCAAGCAUGUUGCACAAAUCUCCUCUCUUCGAGAACUGCGAGAGGGGUGCUUGGCUGAAUGGUAGGAACCUGAAGGUACCAUCAGGUGGAGGAUCGGAAGUCAAGGAAUACAUAAUUGGCGAUGCAGGAUACCCUCUUCGUCCUUGGCUCCUCACUCCUUACCAGUUGGAGAAUGGCCUCUCACUCUCAGGCGCCAAAGUUGAGUUUAACAGGAGACAUUCUGCCGCUACAGCCGUCGCGCUGAGGGCACUGGCAAGGUUAAAGGAGACAUGGAAGUGCCUGGAGGGAGAAGGGUGGCGUCCAAAUAAUCAACUUGAGGCGUACUGGACAGUCGACACGUGCUGUAUAUUGCAUAACAUAGUGAUAGACAUGGAGGGGGAUAAAGAGGAGGAAAAGGAGGAGAAUUACAGCAAGCAAGUGCGGCAGUUAGCAGAUGAGGAUGCCAUCAGGGUGAGGGAUGCACUGUCCCAACACUUGAUCGAAUGUGGAGGAACCUUAUCAUCUUCUAUUGCGGAUGCACAAGGGUUUGAAUCCGUGUACAAAAUGAGAAGAAAUACCUUUGGUUAUGUCUGCAGCUUGGUGAAGAUCCCAUUUUUGGAAGAUAUGAUGGCAAGGAAUCACAGCUUUGUUGACGGGAGAGUGAUGUCUUUGCAGGAUGGAGUAGCCAUCGCUCUGAGAAUCCUGAACUCUGGUGAUUCACCCGUUACCAUAGGAUCCUUUCUUGGUGUGAACGAGUCAACUGCCUCACUAGUAACUCAGAGUUUUGUUAAGGCUAUGGUGGAGCGAGCAUUGCCCCAUGUGCGUUGGUCAUACUCUUCCCAAAAAAUGGAGAAGAUGAAGCGCAAGUUUCACAAGGUCCAUGGCAUGCCCAACUGCUGUGGUGUAGUACAUACAACUCGCAUCACAUUUGGAUCACAAAACCGUGACCAUGAGGAGAAUGAAGGCAUACUCAUGCAAGCCGUCCUUGAUCCUGAUAUGAGGUUCAGAGACAUUUACUUGUGGCGGCCCCACGUGCAUUUGUCAAGCAUGGCGGCUUUGCGCAACUCUGGUAUCUUCAAGCACUGCGAGAAGGGUACUUGGUUGAAUGGUAGCAAGCUGAAGAUAUCAUCAGGUGGUGGAUCGGCAGUCAGGGAAUACAUCAUUGGUAAUGAAGAAUACUCUCUUCGUCCGUGGCUCCUCACACCUUAUCAGCUGGAGAGUAACCUCUUAGACUCAGACUCAAAAGUAGAGUUCAAUAAGAGACUAAACUCUGUAACUACAGCUGUCGCGCUGAGGGCACUAGCAAGAUUGAAAGACAUGUGGAAGUGCCUACAGGGAGAAGGGUGGCGUCCAACUAAUCAACUUGAAGCGUACCGGACAGUCGACACGUGCUGCAUGUUGCAUAACAUAGUGAUAGACAUGGAGGAGGACGGUGUAGGCAUGCCGAGCGAUCAGGAGUAUAAUCGCAUCAAGCAAGUGUGGCAUGUAGCAGAUGAUGGUGUCAGGGUGAGGGAUAUACUGUCCCAGCACUUGGUUGAAUCUGGAGAGGAGGAAGAAGAAGCAGUGGUAGCUGCAUCAAGUUCAGGACAUAAAAACAAGGAACAGGAGGUGCACCGAGCACAGCAAGCGGAUCGGGGAAAGGAGAAAGUGCAUGGUAGCUAGCUAAGAAGCCGAGAUCGGACCGCCCUCUCCACUGAAUCAAUUUGGAGCAGGUGGAAGAGGACACUAGCCAUCCUUGGAGAUCUUCAUCCUGCUGCUUGGUUACAUCUAACUGUAUGCAUGAAAGCAGUAGUGGAGCCAAAAGCCGAAAUGAUGCCGCAACACGAAUUUGAAGUUAGAUCAACAAAAUUUCUUGCUUUUUUUUAGUUGGCAUGUCUUUGGCGAAGGCGACGGUUUUGUAUCUUAUAGUAUCGACAAUGCGUUUAAUUUAAUGCGUCGAGAGAAGAACCAGUCGUGUAGCUGCAUGGGAACAGACUAUUUGUGAUAUCCAUACAUCCUUUCAGGUUCUGCAACCUGAAGAAUGUUUUGUAGCAGCGGAUCAACUGUUCUUCUCUAAAUUGUGCUCGGCGAACAGCGCGGAGUAUACCAUAACAGUUCAAGUGCUCGGUGUGUGCUGCAUUUUACAUCAUUUUAAA